UAUGGAGCCGCUAUUAGUCCGUUGGAUGUCCAUAUCGAAUAUCAAAUUCCAUCCAGAUUGCAUAUUAAAAUUUCUGACCCUAAAUCGAAGAGAUGGGAAGUUCCUGCAUCGGUAUCUCCCGUACCAAAAUCAGAUUCGUUCGCAGAGCAUAUAAAGCUAUAUAAAGUUGAAUACGCGGAAAUUGGCCAGCCUUUUUUCUUUGCAGUGAUUAGAGCAACCACUAAAGAAGUGCUCUUUAAUACAUCAAAUACUCCUCUUUUCUUCAAUGAUCAGUAUCUUGAAAUCAGUACCCAUCUCCCCUCAAAUGCGCACCUUUAUGGCUUAGGGGAACAUAUCGACCCUUUUCUUAUAUCAAAUGGGACAUUCUUAACGCUUUGGAACCAUGAUAUUGGAACGCCACCAAAAGUCAAUCUGUAUGGAUCUCACCCGUUCCUUUUAGAUGUCCGUCCUCACAAUGGUAAUGCCCACGGUGUAUUUUUACGUAACAGCAAUGGAAUGGAUAUAAUCUAUUACAACAAUAUCUUGACCUAUAAACUUAUCGGAGGUGUUCUCGACUUCUACUUCUUCCUCGGUCCCACCGCUAACGACGUCGUGCAACAGUAUCAUGACGUUAUUGGUCGACCUGUGAUGAUACCAUAUUGGUCGCUAGGAUUUCAUCAAAGUCGAUUCGGGUAUCGAAAUGUGGAAGCUCUUGAAACCGUGGUGAAAAAAUACCAUGACAAUAAUAUUCCACUGGAUACAAUUUGGAGUGAUAUAGAUUAUAUGGAUAAGGCUAAAGAUUUUACGUUGGAUCCAAUAAAUUAUCCACUUAAACGAAUGCAAAACUUCACAAAUACCUUACAUGACAAUUUCCAACACUACGUUAUCAUGACCGAUUGUGGUAUAUCUACAUCAAGCAGUUAUGAACCUUAUCUAACAGGAUUGAAAAAUGAUAUAUUCAUUAAGGAUAAAAAUGGUAAAGUAUUUGUAGGCAGAGUAUGGCCUGGAUAUACCGCUUUCCCAGAUUUCCUUAACCCAGCUUCCUUGGCUUACUGGAAACAACAUAUACAGUCAUUCCGUGAAAAGGUCAAAUUUGAUGGAGUAUGGAUUGAUAUGAAUGAAAUUAGUAAUUUUUGCAACGGAGAAUGUCAUCGUAGGAGUUUUACCAACAUUAGCAACACCGUUAAAGCAGAUGUCAAUAGCCCUCCUUAUAAAAUUAACAAUGUAAACAAGCAAUUACCACUAAAUACUAAAACUCUUGACAUGGAUGCAUUACAUUAUCAUGGUAUCUUGGAGUACGAUGCUCAUAAUCUUUAUGGACUAUUAGAGGCUAGAGCAACUCAUAAGUCAUUGAUUAGCAUCUCCAGUAAGCGACCUUUCGUUCUAAGUCGAUCUACCUGGCCUGGUUCUGGAGUUUAUACUGCCCAUUGGACAGGAGACAAUCAUGCCACCUUUGACGAUAUGCACAACAGUAUCAUUGGUGUACUCAACUUUCAGUUAUUCGGGAUACCUAUGAUUGGUUCUGAUAUCUGCGGAUUCAAUGGAGACAGUAAUGAAGAACUUUGUGCUCGGUGGAUGGAAUUAGGUGCUUUUUACCCAUUUGCCCGUAAUCAUAACACUAAAGGUGCCAAACCACAGGAGCCAUACACUUGGAAGUCAGUAGCGAGUAUUAGCUCUCAAGUGUUAUCCCUACGUUAUAGCCUGCUACCUUAUUAUUACACCUUAUUUUAUCAAGUAACAACCGCAAAUGCAGAACAUAGGACUGGAGUUGUGCUAGAACCAUUAUUUUUUGAAUUUCCGAAUGAUAUUAAUACUUAUUCAAUUGAUAAGCAAUUUUUAGUUGGACCUGGACUGCUAAUUUGUCCAGUUCUGACUAAAGGUGCAAAAUCUGUUAAAGCUUACUUUCCUCAAGGGCAAUGGUAUGAUAUCUUGACGUAUAAACUUGAAUAUGGCGAUGACCAUAAAGGUAGCCAUAAGACAAUUAAUGCCCCUCUUGAAAAAAUCCCGGUCUACAUUCGCGGAGGUGUUACCGUUCCAAUGCAGAGGCCAGCAUUAACAACUACUGCUACACGACGCAAUCCGUUUAAACUGCUCAUAGCGCUUACUUCGAAAAGUACCUCUAUAGGUAAACACUAUUUCGAUGAUGGCAUAUCGUUGAAUACGACAAGGUAA